GAAAUUGAAUUACAUCUUAAUGCAAUUGGUAAUCUAAAAGUCUAUGGAUAUUUUAUAAUAAUUAAACAAAAUUUAAACUUUAAAAAUGUGGAAAUUCUUGUGUUUAUUAAGUGUGGUGAAUUUAGUCUUUGGCAAUGAAAAAAGUUUUAUAAACAUCGGUGGUUUCGUAUGUCCUCGAGAGGACAAGGCUCUGGGGAAAUGUCUUCGAGACGCGCUGAACGCCUACAUACCGCAAUUAGCAACAGGGCUUCCGGAAUACGGUAUACCGCCAUGCGAACCACUUGUUGUUCCAACGCUAGCGAUCCAGCAGUCCGCCGGUCCCAUAUCCAUCACAUCUUCCUUCAGCGAUGUGACUGUACGAGGUCCUUCACGUAUGCGAGUUAAGCAUCUCGAAGUGGACUCAAAGAACCAUUCGUUGAUCGCUACGCUACACAUACCGGAGCUGAAAACGAAGGGUGACUACAGCCUGAAGGGCCAGCUGUUGAUGCUACCAAUAGAAGGAAAUGGAAAAUUCUCAGCUAAAUACGGUGACAUCGAUGCAACAGUGACGAUAGUUCUGGGUCGCACACCCAAAGAAAACGCAGCCGACGCCCUUGCUUGCAAAAGCCUUGAUGUCAAAUUCCAUAUAAAAAAAGCUGUUAUGGAACUGAAUAACCUGUUCGGAGGAGACGAUGAUUUAGGAAAAGCCAUGAACAAAUUUCUGAAUGAAAACUGGGAGCCACUAUUAGAAGAACUUCAAACACCGAUGGAGGAAGCCUUGAGGGAUUUCCUGAAACCGUUAGCAGACCACGCUUUCGGCACAAUGGAUGCUGACGACAUAUUGCUGAUAAAAUAGCAUGCAUGUAUUAUAUUAUAUGCGGAAUUAAAAUAUUUCAACAGAAUUUGGAUCUCAAUACGCUUGCAAACUUGAACUUAUAAGUAUUAUUUCGUCAAGAUGUAAUUAAGAAAACGAUCGCUACUAGUCGUUAGUUAUUAAAAGUGAUAUUAUUUAUUACAAUAAUUAUUUGGUUAAGUUAAUAAUAUUGUUGUAAUAAGUCGUGAUUAGAGUAAAUGUAAUGUUAUGCAAUUUAGAAAUGAUGCGAGUCAUAAUAUAGUUAUGAAAUUAUUUAUUGCGUUAAUAAUAUCACGAAUACUUGUACUUAGUAAUUCUAUAAUCAUCACAACGUCUUAACGUUACUAUAAUCAAAUAAAUUGUAUUUAUAAAAUACCUUAUUUUACUAAAUAAAUAAUAAAGCUUAACAUUAGUCUCAA